CUACCCACCGGAAACCAUCCGAAACCUGCUCGCCAAGAACAAAAUGGCUGGUAUCGGAUCGCAGGCAUCGCGAUUGACCAAGGACUUUCUCCUGGGCAGCAAUGGCACUACGCGGAUGCCCAAGCUAGUCUAUGGCACGGCUUGGAAGAAGGAGAGAACUGCCGACCUCGUCUAUACAGCCCUCAAGGCCGGUUUCCGAGGCAUCGAUACGGCAGCACAGCCGAAACACUAUGACGAAGCUGGUGUAGGAAAAGGAUUCCGCAAAGCGGUCUCUGAAGGACUUGUCAAGCGCGGAGAUGUCUUUAUUCAAACGAAAUUCACGCCUCCCGGUGGGCAAAAUGAGUUCAAGCCCUACAGUAUGGAUGCUCCCUUAGACGAAAGAGUCCGCCAAUCGCUGCAGUCGUCGCUGAAAAACUUCACCGUCGAGGGAGAGGAGCCGUACCUUGAUAGCGUCGUCAUUCACAGCCCGCUGGAUACAAUUGACGAAAGCAUGAUUGUGUGGAAAACGUUAGAGAGCUAUCACCCGCAUAUCAUUCGCAAUAUCGGUAUAUCUAAUGUCGACAUUGAUACGCUAGAGGAAAUUGACGAGCUUGCCACGGUUAAGCCAGCUGUGGUGCAAAACAACUUCCAUCCCCGCACCGGCUUCGCCUAUGAGAUUCGUGACUUUUGUCGCCGGAAUAACGCUAUAUACCAAUCAUUUUGGACGUACAGUGGCAACCAUAAAUUAGCGGAUAUGAAGCCAACGCAGAUUGUGGCGCAAGGUGCAGGCGUCGAUCGCGUCGUCGCUUAUUAUUGCCUCGUCCUCGGCUUAGAGAAUGUAACCAUUUUGGACGGAACGACAAACGAAGAUCACAUGAAGACCGAUCUUGAAGGAAUUGAAAAAGUUGGUCUAUGGGCAGAGGGUGAAGGAGCCGCCGAUUGGGCGAAGGCUCUCGAAGCUUUUAGGAAAUUGAUCCGUGACACAUAAAAUUGCAUUCAGUCAUGAUUCUAUAAACGCCCAUCUACUUUUGAUUGUAUAUACAUUUGCGGUUGCUUCGGCACUAAAUAUCCCUGGCAAAAGUGUUGGCCACAAUGAAUGGGAAGCAGGCUGUCGCCUCCAUAUAGACCUGGCAUCAGUGAGCAUUGGUUGACAAGUCAGCAUUUUGAGUCACCAUAUAAACAUACCUUGAUAUUAUCUGCCCCAAUCUUGAUCUUGCCCCAGGAUACAGCCUCAUCUGGACGAGCGCCUGCAUCGCUACCGUCAAAUUCUUGGCCAGUGUUGAUAUAGACUGCCGACUCGGCGCCAUUGCGCAUAAGGCAGGCGUUGGCAAUGUGAUGUUUGACGAUGCCGCCGCCCAGAAUGAUCAUACCGGCGCGCUUGGCUCUAACGGAAAGGGUAUUAAUGCGGCGAAUGUCCUCAACAAUGUCCACCUUAAGUUGCUGCGGGGAUGACUUGAAGGUAUGGAAGUAGAGCAUAUCGCCCAGGCUGCCGUCGGUCAAGGCUGGGCAGAAGACGGGGAUGUUGUUCUUGUAUGCCCAAUAGUAGACUGAGCGUUCGUCGUUGAUUUCUUUGCCUAAACGGUGAAUAAUCUUGGAAGGAGUCCAGUUGAUUUCCUCGUCUGUGCCCUUGCUGGCUUCCUGUUCUUCCAACAUCUUGUCCAGAAUGGGAACAACCCAGUCCUCGAAAGCGCAGUAGUUGUCGUUGGGCACAACCAAGUUGCCGAUACGGUUAAGACCCUUUUUGCGCAGAUCAGCGCCAACUGCAGAAAAGGAGCUCAAGUAUGUCUCUCCAAGACACUUGAUGAAGUCUUCUUCAAUGCCACCAGCCGUGGUGACAAUGGCGGAUACGUGGUUGUGCUCGACAAGCCAACGCAGGACGCCACGGAGACCGGAAGAGAUGAGAUUAGAGGUAUAUCCAAGAAAUAUGGUUGUCUUUUCACCUGAUUCAGGGUCACGCCAGGCACGCUAUAACAUAUCUUAGCCUAUUGCCGCAAAUGAAACACUACAAGAUUCUCACCAUGUCAUUAAUAAUUCGGAUGGCCUCGCCCAUGGCAGAUGCCUGGAAACCCAUGUGUCUCAUACCGAGAAAGAGGUCCUCAGCAGUAAUGGGGCCUUUGAGCUUGUUGAAGUCGAGCUCUUCUACUUUCUGCGCAUCAGCAGGCAUCGCCUCCGACUUCAUGAGAACGGCAUCGGUAGCGCCAGUUGGAGGGGCAGCGGCUUGACCCCGGUUAGCGUCGGCCAUGGUGUAGUCUGGCAGCUUUGCCUAGCAAUAAUAUGGAGAUCUAAAAUGUAGGUGAAUAUUCCAAGUGAUGAAUUCGGCAGAAGUCGUUCUUAUAAAUACGUGUUUGGUAUAAAUGUUGGGCAGCUGUUGAAAAAGAAGCGAAAAAAAAG